UCAGUGUCUGGGAUCUCAGUGGUGGAGAUGUUGUGUUCGGGGAGGCUGGACUUUAAGCUGACAUUGAGAUUGAGGAACAUUGCUGGACGCACAUGGUAAACGGAGCUGCUCGUGUCUCUUUCCCCCUUCAGCACCACGGCUUUGGACAGCACCAGGCAUUCAGACCCUCCUUCACCUUUACCCUCAGGAUAGCUCUUUACUUCACUUGACUUUAUGGAAACAUUUUGCACUGGUUUGGACAAGUAAAUUUACAAGUGUUCAUCUUGGAGCGGAACCAACGGAUACACCGUCACAACCGUUCUGGCAGGAUAAACUAUUCCAUUGUCAUUUGUCAAGGGUCGUUUGCCUCUAGUAUUUGGUUAACCGAACCGCGAAGCUGCUGUCUACGUGGACCGGUGCUGAUCUCUCUCGUCCGACCGCAAGGACCAAACCCAGAGACAUGGCCACGAACGGCACGAAAGCCUCCGAUGGACACGUUUUAACAGAGGUCAACGAAGCGCCCACUGCAAACGACAAACCAAAAACUCUAGUGGUUAAAGUUCAGAAGAAGGAGAUUCCUGAAAGAGAAACAUGGAAGGGAAAAUUUGACUUUCUUCUGUCUUGUGUUGGCUAUGCCAUUGGACUUGGCAAUGUCUGGAGAUUUCCUUAUCUGUGCGGGAAAAACGGAGGAGGGGCCUUCUUGAUUCCUUACUUUUUGACCCUUAUAUUUGCCGGGGUCCCAUUGUUUCUUCUGGAAACUUCUCUCGGUCAAUACACGUCUAUUGGUGGUCUUGGAGUUUGGAAACUUGCUCCUAUGUUCAAAGGUGUUGGCCUGGCAGCAGCAGUCCUGUCUUUCUGGCUUAACAUUUACUACAUUGUCAUAAUUGCUUGGGCUAUUUACUAUCUCUAUAACUCACUCACUACAGAGCUCCCCUGGAAAUCUUGCGACAACCCUUGGAAUACAGACAAAUGUUUCUCAAACUACAGCACGGCAAACAUCGCCAAUAUGACAAGCGCCGUCGUGGAGUUCUGGGAACGUAACGUUCAUCAGAUGACCGAUGGUUUGGAAAAACCAGGAGAGAUAAGAUUGCCACUGGCAAUAACACUGGCUAUUGCCUGGGUUCUGGUCUAUUUUUGUAUCUGGAAGGGUGUAGGUUGGACUGGGAAGGUUGUGUAUUUCUCGGCCACAUACCCGUACUUCAUGCUAUUUAUUCUGUUCAUUCGUGGAGUUACACUGCCAGGAGCGAAAGAGGGCAUUUUGUUCUAUGUCACGCCUGAGUUCAGCAAACUAAAAGAAUCAGAGGUGUGGCUUGACGCAGCCACUCAGAUCUUCUUCUCGUACGGUUUGGGCCUGGGCUCUCUCAUCGCCCUCGGGAGCUACAACCCCUUCAACAAUAACGUUUACAAGGACUCAAUCAUCGUCUGCUGCAUCAAUUCUUUCACCAGUAUGUUCGCUGGAUUUGUCAUUUUCUCUAUCGUAGGGUUCAUGGCCCACAUCACAAAGCGGCCCAUAGCAGAUGUGGCUGCCUCAGGGCCAGGGCUGGCGUUCUUGGCCUACCCAGAGGCAGUCACACAGUUGCCCGUCUCACCACUUUGGGCAAUUUUGUUUUUCUCAAUGUUGCUUAUGCUUGGCAUUGACAGUCAGUUCUGUACUGUGGAAGGCUUUAUCACGGCUCUGGUGGAUGAGUUCCCCCGCUUGCUGCGAGGAAGACGAGAGAUCUUCAUCGCCAUUGUCUGCUUUGUGUCUUAUGUGAUUGGCCUGUCAAACAUCACACAGGGUGGCCUAUAUGUGUUCAAACUGUUUGACUACUAUUCUGCAAGUGGAAUGUGUCUGCUGUUCCUGGUGUUCUUCGAAUGCGUCUCAAUAUCCUGGUUCUAUGGCGUCAAUAAGUUCUACGGCAACAUUGAGGAGAUGAUUGGCUACAAGCCCUGCAUUUGGUGGAAACUCUGCUGGGUUGCGUUUACCCCUUUGAUUGUGGCGGGCGUCUUUCUUUUCAGCGCUGUUCAAAUGGUGCCACUGACAAUGAAUAAUUAUGUGUUCCCAAAGUGGGGACAGGGUGUUGGGUGGUGCAUGGCCCUCUCAUCCAUGGUUCUCAUCCCGGGAUACAUGGUCUACAUGUUCCUUACUCUGAAGGGCUCAUACAAAGAGCGCCUUCGGAUAAUGAUUCAACCCACAGUGGUUGUUCGAACUCAAGAGAACGGGCCCGAACAGCAGGCUGAAAACCCCACCCCAGCCAACGACGAGGCCUACAUCUAACCGUCAAUCUCCUUCAUCAAUAAAGGUCAACUUUCAGUGAGGGAACAAAAGCGUAAUCAUGGUUGAACACAACCAAGGACUUCCACGUCUAAAAUAUAAUCACCUACCUCCACGGGAACAACAACCUGAUUACAGUUUGAUUUCUUUGUUUUUUGGAACAUACAUAGGCUCCAAAAAAAUCUAUCCAGCAAUGUUUUAGGGUUAAUCUGUAUUUUAUAUGCAAGAUUGUAGUCUUUCUAAACAAAAAACGAACAAAAAAAGGUCAAAGUAUAACCACAGGAUUACUUAAAUUAAACAAUAGUUUGACAAUUGGCGUCCCAGUGUAAUUCCAACACCACUGUGUUCAUUUACAAUGACGUGUAAUUAAUGUAUUAAAAUAUAAAAAUACAAUUGUAGGUUAGAAUCGAAUUGUAUUUAAUUGUACCUGAAAUAUAUAUGUAUAAAUAUAAAAACAGGGAGAGAGAGACUAUGGGAGUGUGCAACAGGGCAAGAUUAAGACCUUGUGACUACGUCAAGGUUAUGUAGUCAGACAACAUUUUUCAAAAAUCUUUAGUAUCAAAGACCACUCACCCCCACCCUUCAGCCUUUGGGCAAACCUGAAAAGCACAAGAUCAGUAUGGAUUUGGGUUUACAAAUGCUCCAGGCAGCGAUGAAUUACCAGCCAUGGGGCAAAUUGACACAAAAAAGACUGUUAGUUUUUUUCCUUCAUUUUCUAAGACGAAAAAUAUCUUUGUAUGUGUUUUUUUAGAAUUAUUUUAGUACAUGUUUUCUACGUGAGAGUAAGAAGGACCAAAUUCAUGUUUUUGUGCAAGUAUGCUACUGACAGAUCUGAAACACUGUUUUUUUGUUGCUUCUGUCUCACCACAUCACUGCAAAGCACAGGGUACGAAAAGUCAUUUUUCGGGGCAGAUGUACCCUGUGAAACCACUGUUAACCUUGCUCACCACAUUUGCUUGCCACUCCUCAGGAAAAAUUGCGAAAGUGACCAAAAUUUACUCUCCUGGAUCAAAAAAAGAUUAUAGCUGUGAGAAGCCUUCGGCAAAUAAUGAGUACAGAGCAGAAGCUAUAGUCUGUUGCCAUGGUUUCAAGGGUCAUUUUGUCAGACGUCAUUGACAACCAGCAUGUAGUGUCAAAAAUUGGCAUGCCGUUGUUUUAAAUGAAAUACAAAGUAUGGGAUUUUUUACAUACAUUGAAUAGUGGGGCAAUAAUUAAUUUUUAAGAAAAGUUUAAAUAUAUAAAGGGUUAUAUAUAACAGAGAGAGAGAGAGAGAUGUGACUAUUUUUAUUUCCCUUUUUAAAAUGUCACCAGUAAAAAGCACAAAGCUUUAAAAUCACAAGCAACAAAGGAUGAAUCUGAGAAAAAGACCAGGUUAGUUUGCGUCUAUGGCAGCUAUAUGUGACAGGGAUAUGGAUCCAUUGGUCAGUUUCUUCUCUGCAAGACGUCUGAUGAAAAUGUGCAAUCAAUAAGCGUUUUCGUGAAAUUGUAUAAAUUUAAACAUCAGAUUUCUCUCUGAAACAAUGUUGUAAAACUGUACCGUGUAAAAGUAUCUGUGAAUGUCUGUUUUGAGGAUUUUGUCUUGUUGAAGAAUCUUAUAUUAUUUACUGUUUACUGCAAUAAUGCAUCGAUCUCAGAAACUAAAGCACAUAUCUUUCCGAAAUGUAAAAAGAGUAGUAAUAAUAACAAAUGAGUAACAAUAAUGAAAGAUUAUAAGAGAUUAGAAAAUAUGUCUAGUCAAACAAGAUAUUGUUUUGUAUAUUUCUAACUGUUUGAGCCUAAUGUAAAAUAUUCUAUGUAAAAAAUAUAUAAUAAAUGUCUUUAGAUGGUGUUAUAUAAAAGCAUGAUUGCCAUAUGUUAAAGGAUAAAAAUAAAGUAUUAUAGAUUAUAAUGUG